GUAUAUCAUCAAAAUUCAAAACUAAAUUAAUUAGUUGCCCUAAUCGGAAUGGAUUUGCUCAACUUUCUCACUGUCACCGGCAAUGUAAAACCCCAAAGCUUUAAGCCUUAAACCCACGAAGGUCAUACAUCAAUGGCCCUUUUUCUGUCAUCCUCCUUCUUGGACCCUUCACUUUCUUCUCCCAACAACCAAAACACUACAAAUUCCCAUCCAAAAACUGGGCAACUCAGUACUAUUCGUGUCGUCCCUUUCUGUGUUCCAGCUCUAUCGAUUACAUCAUCACUAAUAACUCCAGUUCUGAAACUGGACAAAGACAACUCUGACCAUCUCUUCCCUUCACUUUCAUUUUCCAAUAUUCUCUUCUUUAAAUCAGCAUAUAAUGUUCAGGUUAUAGCUGGGGAAAACGAGCCGGAAGAGAAGCUCAUCGGCCGCUUCCGCAGAGAGGUGCUCAGAGCUGGAGUUAUCCAAGAGAGUAAGCGCCGAAGAUUUUUUGAAUCUACUCAGGAAAAGAAGAAAAGGAAGUCUCGUGAUGCUGCCAGACGAAACCGCAAAAGAAGGCCUCAACCAAAAGCUCUACUAUGGGGUACAAAGGAACCUUUGAAGGUUGAGGGUUAUAGAUCUGAUGAAGAUAAGUGGGACCUCAUCGAGGUAGAAUCACCCUAUACUUGACCUUAAUCAGCAAUGUGAAAACCAAAUGGUCCAAGAACAAAGGUUUCAUAUAUCAGAUUUUCUUCAAGUACAACGAGCUGCUGCAUGUUCUUGCUGAUUUUGCUAUAGAACCUGACUAUAUCUGCAAUUUGAUGCUGUGUGUAAGCCAACACGAGUAUAUUAUCGCAGAAGUACACUAGUUUUGACAUAAGGGUUACCCUAAUGUUUGUCCAACGUCGUGUUAAAGAUCAAUGAAAGGUUGCUGUACAUCUGAUUUUAGAUUUUCGUGCUGAUGUUGCAAUAUGUGGUGAUGGUUCGUAAGAGGAUAUUGGUGAACCCCAACAAUUGUUGUUCAAUUUCUGCCAUUCAUUUGUUGCUGCACUUAGCUUAUUUGUAAUUAAUUUUGUUCCGUCACUAUUUUACCCCUAUUGCUCAACAAUACUCUCUUCGAAAAAGAGAAAUGAAAUUAAUUGCUUGAUUUA